CACGGGUUUUUGCUUUCACGGAAAUCACCCGCACUCCACCGGGAAAAGUUUGUUUACACCACUUUAGACUCGCCUCAUGUUGUUUUUAGUGGUGCUAAAAGGUCGCGGAUGGGCUCACCUUCAAUCCUGCGACCUGAUGUGAUCGCCUCAGGGUGGUGUCACGUGAUUGUUAUGAGUAAAAGGCAUGACAUCUGAAGAACUCCUUAUGACUCGAGUGUUAAAUAUGAGUGCAAAACACCCAUCACGAACAAAAUAACCAAGCUGGACUUGCUCUUAGAUCCACGGUAGAAUAAACGUAUCAAAGUGGCUGCUGUCGUCUCAGAGAGAGUUGGACCUACAGUAGGUUGGACCAGACACAUGCACUCCAGCAUUACAGGUGUUUGAGGUGAACGGGAGAGAUGAGGAGCAGCAGGAGGACGGAGGUGUCUCUUAAAAGCUCUGCUCAGCAGCUCACAGAUCCCAAUAUUGGCACAGAGCUGACAACUGCAUGGAAAAGUUUGGCUCAGUCCAAAGCUGCUUUACGGCAUAUAGAAAACCGUCUAGAGGCAGCUCCAGGGACAGGGGUUCUCCUGGAAUCUGUCAUGGACCCCCCCAAGAAGAAGUCCUCCAGGGCGGUCCGUCGCAGGGAUGGACGACAAGCUGAUGACAAUGGAGGGUCAUCAAAGCACAGGGGGCGUAGUCAGCAGAGUCCAGAAAAGAGCAGCUCACGUAGCCCCCUGAGAAAUACCACCCAGGACAGCAAUGUCCGCAGAAACAACAGCGUUGAGUUCAGGGAACCGCUGGCCUCCUACAGAGAGGCCACCCCUCCACCACAUCCCUCCUCUCAGCUGGAGGCCUACAGUCUGCAGUCAGUGCCAGGGUCUGCGUGCCCAUCCACUACGCCUCCUUCAGACCCUCUUCUCAGCCAACUGGUCUACCAGAGAGACACCAGGGACAAACAAACAGACAGGGACCUGGACAGCACACACUCCUCGGCUCUGGAGAGCACUGAGGUCCGCUACCUCAAUGACCAACCAGCCCUGGUCACCCUGAGGACUACUGGAAACCAGUCACAUCUCACAGGUGGACGAGUCCAAGCAAGGGAGGGGGCUAAGGAGGAAAGCACUCCCAAAGCACAAUUUGGCAUGGAUAGCCAAGAGUCAAGCCCGUGUUUAGCUCCAGCCCCAGGCUCCAUACGCAGAGGGGAGAGCACUCCCUCCACCAGCCCUGGCUCAGCUUCCCAGCGGCUGGAGAACCUAAGGCGACAUCAGCCUGAUGAUAAGCUGGAGAAGCUUAAAGAGCGUAUUCGGAGGCAGAGGCAACAUCUGGAGGAGGCGGCAGAGAGGGAGAAGCUGCUGGGUUAUCUGGAACAGCCCAUUAUGGAAGCUGUGGGGAGUAACAAUGCUGGUACCAGCAACAUGCCCACAGCCAAAAUACGGAAAGUAGCAGCUGCACCACCUGCACCUAUAUACAAAGGUUUCAACAGUGCUGAGACAAAGAUCCAGACUCCUGAUGGGAAAGUUUGGAAGGAGGAUGAGUUUCAUAACCUCAGCAGAGAAAUAUACAGAGACCUGUCAAGACAGUUUGCUGAGAGCACCAGAUCCAGGCAUCAGCAGCAGAGGGAACAGAGACCAGACAGGUCCAAAGAGAGGAGGCCUACCAAACCAGUCAGGAAGGUCCACAGAGCUGCUCCUUCAUCUGACCUAAAUGCAAAACCAGUGAUAAGUCCUGCAUCGUGGCGAGAAGGCCAAAAGCUGGUAAAGAUGGUACUGGGUCCAGUUCCCAAGCUGCCCAGGGAGGACAGGCCCCAGACAGCUGAUGGACUGAGCAGAACAGCUUCCCAUCGCCGUUCCAGUUCAGACCCGCGCUCAGAGUCAAAACCACGGUCUCAACCUAACGGCACAGAAAGGCCUCAUAGUGGAUUCCGAGGGCACUCCAAAAGCCUCUCUACAAAUACAUCUACCCCUUCACCUGCAGAUCGUGAAAGGGCCCCAGUGGGUAUAAGCGCGGAUCUGUUGUCAGCAGACAUCCAAGGGAUACUCGAUGACCUUCAGCUGGAGUGCAAAGCAGCUGAGAAGGAGGAGAGGGCUCGUCAAAGGUCCCGGGGUGGGAGAAGUGGUAGGAGAGGGAGAGGAGGAUCAGGGUCGCAAACAAGGACUCCAGUCUCUGCUUGGGGAACUACUGUGGCAACGGGUAGCUCCUCAAGAGGCUGCCGCAGUGCCAGCCCCAGUACACGCCGACCAGAGACUGCUAACAUAGCUGACACAGGACACAAAAAGCGACACUAUGAUGCCGAUUCUGUUCGCCAGUACAUUUCUAAGCAACAAGAAGAGAGAAAGAGGCGUCAAGCAGAAGAGAAGAGGGCACUGAGGGAGGAGGCAGAGAGAAGAAACCAGAGAUUGCAGGAGCUCUACAGGAAGCAAAAAGAAGUGGCUAAGACAGUGGCCCUUCCCAGUGAGGCACCUGUGGCCCCUGUGCAAAAGCGACUACAGGAGACCUACAAUAAGCUGCUACUGGAGGAGGCCCAACUGGGCGACGAGGCCACACAGAUGCAACCUGCUGCUCCUUCCAGUCAAAUGAGACCGAUGUACCAGCCCUCAGGAGAGUCGGACAAAGAAAACAAAAGACUAGAAGCACCACAGAGCCCCUCGAGCAGUGAUAGAUCUUUGAAUGACCAGCCACCUCCUCCAUUAUCCAGGAAUGAUUUGGAUGUUGGAGUUGCCUCUUUGCUUCAGCCUGACCGUCUGAGCCCAGCUGUUCGACCUAUGACUGGUCCCAGCAGCAGUGCACUCGCCCCUUUUGGUGACCAUCUCCUCUCUCGGCUUCUCAGGCUGGAAACUGCAGUGGCAGCUAGUGACGUCCAGCACACCCAGCGGCCAGUCACAGUACCUACUAACAGGUCCAAGAUGUCCCGCAUUGAGGCCCUCAAGGCCACAGCCGCAUCCCUAUCCAACCGCAUAGAAAGUGAGGCACGGAAGCUUGCUGGGGAGGGGAUCAACUAUGGUACAGCAACUUCAAUGGACGUGGAUACUAUUUUGGCACCUAGACCCUCUCAAGCAAAUCCUGACGAUGGACGCUGGGCAGAAACAGCUGCCACAGAAAAUAAUGACAUGCCAUUCCAGAGGAUCCAUAGGAUUUUGACUAGCACAGGUCAUAGUUCAUACAAUGGCACAUCUCUUCCAGGAGCAGGCAAUCUGCAUGCCCUCAGGGGACAGAAAGAAACGAAGGGUACACACACCACUUUGACUAAUCCACAAACACCCCCUGCUGAUUUAACAGGCACUAUUCUCAACAGUUACACACAUGAAAGGAGGAAGCUAGUCAAUGGCUUGGAAAAGGUAGAGAGAAUAGAUAAAAUGGCACAAAGGAGAGGAUUUGGAUUAACGGAGGAUAAGAAUCAGACAGAUCUCCAUGACUCAAGUGCCAGUUCCAUCAGUGAGGGUCCUCUUCUGAGUGAAGGAAGUUUUUCUGAGGAUGAGGCAAGCCCUCCUCACCCCUCCAGCAAUCGUGUAACUAGAGCAGCAGACUGCCUGGAGGCAGUAGACUACUGUGCUGGUCAAAGAAGGGAUUACCACCGUUUGUCAGAGUUCCAGAGGGAGGCAGUGAGGUGCUCGGCCCUCAGCUCACCCUUUGCACAGCAUGAUGGCAGCAAAGCAGCCUGGGAGGAGCUGAACAGAGGAAGCCCUCUAAGUGUUAUCAACAUUUUCACUAAGAACCUUCAUGGCCAUGUUAGAGUGAGUGAGAGGAACUCUCCCCCUGCCCAUUCUUUGCACUCUGAAAGUGGCCCCGUAGACGCAGCAGUCUAUGAAGAUGACUUUGUUUCAUCCCAUAGCAGCGGAGCCAGUGGACAGUUAAAGAGAGCUUCCAAUUCACGCAGCGUGAACAAUCAUUUUGAGGAGCUCAUGAGGAGGUCUCCUUAUGAGAAAAGCAUAGGAGGUGUCAAUUCACACCAGUCAUCCUUUCACUCAUCUAUUCACUCACCGCAUCUUUCCUCUGGUUCACCAUCUGGCUCCUCACCCAAGCACUCUGCCAGAAAAAGAGGCACAGCAUCAGACCAGAGUGAUGCCACUCUGGUGGAAGAGCAGAGGAGCUCCUGCUCACCUCCCUCAGUGGCAUUAUCAUCUGAGUCCAGGAAAAGGGGCUCAGACAAAAGCUCUGCCCACAGCCAGGCCACAAGUGUCCACUCUAAUGACACUUCAGGAGAAACUUGUCACCAAAGUUUGGGAAUUGACAGUAAGAAGUCUUCAGCAGUCAGGACCAAACGGGCCUCUCCUUCUGGCUCUCUAGACCCUGGUUCUCCUCCAGGAGCAGACUCUCCCAGUGAGCCAUUGAGAAGUGGCUCUCUUGCGGCAAUUAACCCAAGCACAGGCACCACAGCUCGCAAUGGUAGAGCAGACACCAAGACCACAGGUGAGCUACAGUAUUCCCCUGCUGUCUUGCAGCAGCGCAUGGCAGCAGAGCUCCAGUACUUAGAGUCCAUUGAAGAGUCAGUCCGACAGCUGGGGGAUGUGGAGAGGCUGAUGGGUGUGUCCAUGGCUCAGCAAGAGAGCGCGUCAUUGGCCCAGAUGCUCAAGGUCAAGCAGCAGCGCCAUGAGCGUGACCUCUACGAGCUGAAGAUCAAGGCUGAAAGGGAAGCCCUGGAGGCACAGCUACAGAUGGAGGAAAACAGGCAGAGAGUGGCCAGGGCUCAUAUUGAACUGCAGGAAAGCUUGGCUGGAACUCAAAAAGAGACUUUGGAGGGGCUCCAGGAAGCAACUACAAAGAUGAUGAGUCAACAGGCUGAGGCAGCACGGUACACAGCCGACACUGCCCGACACAUCAAGGAGAUGACUGAACUGGCUCGGUCACAAAUAGCAGGAGCUUUGGUUGUCCCCCCCGUUGCCACCAAUUCCUCCAUGUUGGACAAGCGGGAAGAACAGGAGCAACAGGAAAAAAUAGACUCUGACAGCUUCCAGAGUGAGUUGUCAAGCAGAAGGAUCAGGAUAGAGGAACCCCUGUCUUCGCUGAACAGCCUUAGUCACUCUGACUCUCUAUCAUUCAGAAGACCCAACCUCAGUGGAGUAGACUCUAAUAGCCACCACAGCCCAUCGCAUGUCUCCUCGGACCUCAGAGAACGGACGAAAAAAGAAGCAGUCGAGGGGAAAUGGAGGAAGGGAGGACAGAGGACGGAGAAGGAAGCCGUCAGCAGCUCCAUCGAAGACGAAGUUCUUACAGCAGCAAAUGGCUCCCUCUGCAGUGACAGCUUCCCUUCUGUAGUGGAUGAGAAAGGGGACAGUACUUCAGUGGCAACAGAGUACUCUCUUAAAUUUGAUGAGUCCAUGACAGAGGAUGAGAUAGAAGAGCGCUCCUUCCGCUCUCUGCUGCCGUCUGAAGCGCACCGUCGUGGAACUAAGGAGAAGAAGUCCCGCCACCAUGAGGAAUCAGAGGACGAUGGAUCCAAUUACAACACAACAUUGGUUUCAGGGGCACACAAUAUCUUAAAGUCUCAGGAUGCAAACAUGGCCUUUUCUGGUGGACAGGACAGCUUUUCCCAGUUCACCAUGGACAUGGUGCGUCAGUACAUGAAAGAUGAAGAGGUAAGACUGCAGCAUCAGAGCUCUCUGCUGCGUCUUCGCCAAAAAGCUCUCAAAGAGAAGACCAGAACUGAGCUGGCCUGGCUAGAGCACCAGAAGAAGAGGCUGAGGGACAAGGGAGAGGAUGACAAAAUGCCACCUAUUAGGAAGAAGCAGAGGGGGCUUCUGUUGAAACUACAGCAGGAGCAGGCUGAGAUCAAGCGACUUCAAGAGGCCAACAAAGCAGCCAGGAAGGAAAGGCAACUGUUGUUGAAGCAGCAGGAGGAGAUAGAGCGGAUGAGAAACUCAACACUGAGACUGAAGGAGCGUCUCAAGAGUGCUGGGGGUGAAGCACCACCUGAGACUCCUGUGUCAGAAACCCCUGUGUCUGAGGCAGCCUCCUCCAACAUGAGACAUGAGGAUAUCCGCAGCCCCUCCCCCUCGCUCUCCAUCUCUGGAAGUGAGACGAGCAGUAUCAUGCAGAAGCUCAAGAAGAUGCGCUCUCACAUGGACGAGAAACACUGUUCUCCUGUCCACUACUUCUUCUCUGUGUUCACGGCCCACCACUGGGCCUCCCUCAGUGUCUGUCUUCCCAACCUCCACCCUAAAUUCCAGCUCUUUAUCUACAACCAGUUGGUCAGGUUCCUGACGAAGCGGGAGCAGCAGCUAAUGCAAAGACGUUACCAUGCCGAGGAGCUGCUGCAGUGGAAACAGCGGCUGGACCAAGAGGAAGCAGAGGUCCGUAGGAUGGAAAAGGAGGCCCUGGCUGUAUGGGAUAGACAAACACCUCAGGACAAGGACGUGGCAGAGAGUCAGAAAAAGGAGAUCUCUGACAUCAGCCCCAGCCCCAGUCACCAUCUGAGCUCAGAGCCAAGAACUGACAGUGAAAAAGAGUAUGUGAGUGAGGGCGACUCAGCAACACCCGAGUCCAGUAUACACACAGAGGGACUGGGGUCCCAGCAACCAGGAAGCCCAUCCUCAGUACAACCUGCAUCAAUCCCUGAAACACCUUUGACCUCUGUCCAGAGUAGCCCUGCGAAUUACACCCAGGACUUCUCUUCAGCUUCCCAGUCACCAAGUCACCAAUCUCCAUUUAAAGGCAGCCACAGCCCUGCUGCCUCUCCUUCAGACGGAAGCAGCAAAACCAAGAUGCAGCUUCGCUCUUCCUCCUGGACCGCCAACCUGGCCCACGCUCAGCCAACUGACUCCCCAAUGGCUAUGCAGACUGAACCCAUUUCAGACCAGAGUGACAUAGAGAGCCGUAUCAAGGCCCUGAAGGAAGAACUCAGAAAACGAAAGUUUAUGGCCUACCAGCUGAAGAAAGAGCAGAAGAAGAGGCACAAGGAGCGUCUGAAGGCACAAGAGGCCAGUCUACUGAAGCAGCUGGAGAGCUAUGAUAACUUCAUUGAGAAAACUAAAGCAGAACUGAACAAGGGGCCAGACUCAACACCUGAUACAAAGUCCCCGAUCAAAGAUUCCACCUCAGUUGCGGAGCAGUCCAGUAUUAAACUACCUACUCACAGGUCUGAAACCAGCAAAAUCUCUGACUCUGAAAGGAUGCGAACUGAUGCUUCAUUAGACCACAAUGCCCUUCCUCAACCUGAUCAUAGUAGAUCUACCUCAGUGCCUGAAGAACUGUCUGAUGAAGAUCCACCAACAGUCACUCCAACCCCAGUGUAUGGCAGCCCAGAGUGUCAGACCUCAGGACCGAGGAGCCACCUGUCCACAGAGGGGCUUAUAAGACCUUCCUCUAAGGAAGACCAGGCACAGAUUAUUGAGUCUGGGGAUGAGAACAUUGAGUCUUAUCAAAGAUCUUACGUUCAGGAAGAGCUGGAGGUCGAAGUAAGCUCCAAAUCUGAGGAUCAACAUUCUCAAUAUCUUCUCAAAUUAGAAGAAGAAGACAGACUUGACUCCCAGGAGAAGCUGCCUACAUCUAAACAUGUUUCCUCUUCCAUGAGUGAGGAACAUCGAUAUUCUCCAUCUGUUAGCCUGGAACAAGAUAAACAAAUAAAGACGAGGGAAACAUCUGAAGCAGAGCAAGCUGUAAAAUCUAAUGCCUCUAAUGGGUUACUUCCAGUUGCAGUGGACCUCAAACCCUCACCACAUCCAAGCUACAUCUCCUCAUUUAGUGACCAUUCCUACUCCCCUGACUCGGUUGCCUUCUCUUCUAAGAAGGAGGCACCCAUAAAGGAUGUGGAGGUCUCUUCUCCCAUAGUGGAGGGUUAUAAUGAUGACUUCGAGUCAUCAGUAUAUUCUUCACCCAGGGAGGAGCAUCAUAGUUUCAAGCCUGCCUCUCAAAUCUCAGUUUCGCCUACUGACAUCAAGGCCUCGAGAAAGGACUCCUCUCCCCCUCUCUAUGACAGCCAAGAUGAGGAGGUAGAGGAAGAAAUAGCUGAAGAACUGAGUCACCAUUCAGGGAUUAGUGGAGCUAGCCACCAAUCUGGACGACUGCUAGAUCUUCAUAACCAAACAGAAGACUCCAAACAUGACAGCAAGGACAUUAUUUCCAGCCACUCACCACCCAUCUCUCCUAUGCAGACCCCGCUCUCUCCUGUCAUAGAUGAAAUGUCAACUUUUAACAUUGGAGAUCGGGUUCUUGUUGGUGGCGUUCAGCCUGGCACUCUGAGAUUCAAAGGUCCUACCAGCUUUGCCAAUGGUUUCUGGGCUGGUGUAGAGUUGGAUAAGUCUGAGGGGAGCAACAACGGCACUUAUGAUGGGGUGGUGUACUUUAAUUGUGAUGAGAGCCACGGUAUCUUUGCUCCCCCAGACAAGAUCACACACCUGCCAGACAAGUUUGAGAUCUACACCGACACCACAGAGGAUGAGGACUCAUUCUUUGAUGAUCUCUCAGAUAAAGGUGGGGAUAAACGUAAAACAGAUGAAGACAAAUCCCAAAAAGAAGGAAAUCUGAAGAGUGAAAAUGAACAAACAACUCAUAAGGUCUAUGGGUCUGGAGAUAAAAAGGUUACAGAUGAGUCUGUUCACAAGGCUGAAUCCAAUCUCAAUUCACAUAAUUACAACGAAUCCAAGCAUCCCAUCUCCAAUGGCAACUCUAGAGACAUCAUUUUGGAUUUUGAAGAUGCACCAACCACCCUCCUCAUCUCCGACAUAGACAAGAUCUGCCUGGGGAAGCAGAGUCAGAAGGAGAUUACUACCAUUGAAGAGAGAGAAGACGUGGACUCACAACACCAGUUUACUCCUGCAGAUCUCACAGAUAUCGGGGACGAUAAGGGACAGCAGAAAGACAAAGACAUACUGGACACAUUUGCAGACAAGCUCCUAAACAACUUUAUGAAAGACACUGUGAAGCAGUUUUCUGAAAUUAAAAAGGCUAAAGAGCAGAAGAUAGAAGCUGCCAACCAGAUGAAUGGAGACCUGUUUGGUGAAAAUGAAGAAUGGUUCUCUUCAGUGGAUCAAAAAGAUGGUCUCCCCUUCUUCCUGCCUGCAGAAAAAGAGGAGCUGUCUUCUCCAGAGCUGUGUAACCGACCGGAGAGUCCAGUGUUGGGGGCCAGCGGUCAAGAGGAGCUCGCCAAGCGACUAGCAGAGCUGGAACUGAGCCGUGAACUGCUAGAUGAGCUUGGUGACGAUGAGGACUGGUUUGAUGAAGACUUUGGCCUCAGCUCCCGUAGAGAACAGCAGAGACUCAAACAGAAAGAGAGAGAAGAAGAGGAAGAGGCGAGGUUGGGGAGGUCUGGCUCAUCAGCUGGAGCUGCCUUGGGGGGGCUAGUCUCACCAACAGGUGGGGAACAGCAGGUAAAGACUCCACCUAGACCUGAGUUACCUCUGCCCUUGCCCCCCAAACUCCCUGAGCAGCCUGCCAUGGUGGUGCCCCACUCAGCCAUAGAGGUGGAAAAGAUGGUCCAUGCUGCCACUCAGGAGAUCUGGGAGAGCUGUGGCCUGGGGAAGGAGGGAGCACUGACCCUAGCACAACUGCCAAACCCCAAACCUUCACAAGAGUAUCUGGGUAAAGAGGCCAGCAGCCAGGACCAGGAGGCCCUCUCCAUCUGCAGCUACAGAAAGGCUGUGUAUGACCUGACAUGGGAGAUGCUUCAGGAGAUCUAUGCUGAAGACCCCAACACCAAUCAGCCUCAGUGGGUCAAACCACGUCGAGUCAAGUCCUCCUUCUUUCAUAGAGUUAAGACACCAGGAGACAUCACCAAAAUCCAGGAAUACAUCACCGGAGAAGUACUGAAACUGUACGGUCUGACAAAAGAUCAGAGCCAGAAGACUGACUGGCAGAAGAUGCUCAAAUUUGGCAGAAAGAAGCGGGACAGAGUGGAUCACAUACUGGUUCAGGAACUCCAUGAGGAGGAGGCCCAGUGGGUCAACUAUGACGAGGAUGAGCUGUUUGUCAAGAUGCAGCUGGCAGACAGCAUCUUCGAUGCUUUACUGAAGGACACAGCAAAUGUACUGACACUAAUCUAUGAUAAGAGGGCCAAAAGAGACACCCUCUCCUGACAGCUUUCCUGCUUAAAUUUUAAAGUACAACCUCUAGCUCAAUCCUAGCCUUUCCUCACCCCAGUGAACUCCAGCCAACCUACCGCCGCUCGGUCUUCCACCAGCUGAUGUGCCAACAGCAACCCUCAGAUGCCUUCGGUCCCAGCAUUACCUCUCAGUUUAACAGCUCCUACUUAUUUCUGUGACAUUCAUUUGCUGAAUUUGCGUCAGCUAACUAUAGUGGUUAUAUAAUUUGUUCUACACACACAACGCCUCUUGAUCAAUCCAGCCUUCUUAAACGGUAACACCAUCUAGUCUCAGUUCUCACCUCCUGGACUGGUCCCUUUGUAAAUGCCAGUUGGAGAAUGAGUAGAUGUUUUGAUAGGAUGGACUGUGCAUUUAAAGUCGAUUAAUGCUGCUAAGUUGAUUGUUCCACAUGGGAUGGUAAUAUAAAAUCCACCUGGAACAAAAGCAGGUUGUUAUAUUUUGUAUUGAAUCUCAAAGUAAAUAUAUAUGGAUUCACAAAUUGUAAUAGAGUAGCAGAUAAAGAAUACACAGUGUAGUCCAUAAGUGAUUUGACAGUGACACAUUAUUGUGUUGGCUUUUGUAAUCCAGCACAUCGAAAUUAAACAAUGACUAUGUGGUUAAACUUUUAGCUUUAAUUUAAGGGUAAUCACCCCUCAUAUUGUAGGGGUCUGUAAGCCUGCCUUAAAUGAAAACCUAGUUGAAGUCUGACCCACAGAAACAGCAGACAGUGCAGCCAUCUUCACCUCUUACUUGUUUCCAGGACUUUUGCCUGCACUUUGGUCUUUAGAAAGCACAAGACACGCUCAAUUGUUUGCUUUGGCUUUAUUUUAACAUCAUUUUCUUAUGGCUGCAUUAUCUUAAAAUUGGGAGACUUAUGUUUAGGGGGAAAAAUCCAUAAAUGUUCACUCAAUAUGGAUAUGAACACCCUAAAACACCCUUCAACUCUAUAAUUAUUGUUGGAUUUCAAAUCCAAUGUGCUGGAGGAGAGGUAAAACAAUUUACAUUUGUCACUGAUCAAAUAUAGUAAGACUGUACUGUGGCUGAGAUCAGAUAUUGUAUGAAACAUUUUGCCUCCAUAAUUAUAUUAUUUAUUGUGUGAAAAUGUUUGAUUCGAGGAGUAAGGAACAUUUUGAAUUGUAAAUGAUCUUACGUAAAGAGAACAGAUUUUUAACAUCUAAUGAAAUUGUAAAAAGCACAAAACAGAAAUGUGAAUGUGAACAUGGCAAUAUAUUAUGUAGGACGUUUAAAGAAUGCUAUUGAAACAAGAAAAAGAACAUGGGGGGAAAACUUUUAAUAUUUAAAUGUUUUAGUGUUGCUAGUUAAUUGAAAGUGACUAAUUGUGGCCACAGCUGUCCAGCUGGUCAACACAAUCACUGUGACCCACUUUUGUACUAUAUGUUAGUAUUUUUAGACAUACACCCUCCUUACUAACAGUUUGAAAACUUCUCACACAGCAAGGAGAGAAAAUGUUUCUCCAACAAUUUGCAGUUUAUUACCUUUUUCUGUGCUGUAACUGAGGUUUUUUCAACUUAGUUUUUCACUUUUUUUGUGUUAGCGUUAGCUUUGAAGAACAAACAACACCAUGUUCAAAAUGCGCGUACUUUUAGUAUCCAUGCUAUUAUUUUUUAUUUUUUAUUAUUUCAUUAGGUAAUUUGAGUGUUAAUACACUACAUACUAAAAACACAGACUAUAGAGUAUAUAGUAUACAAGUGGGACACAGAAGACUAGCAGUAGGCCUGACUUGAAUCACAUCAUAGGACAGUACUGAAAUGCUGGAUUCGAGCCUUACUUACCCUACAGUUUGUUUACUUUCAAUGACCUGAGAAAACGCCUGUGGUUGUCUUGUGUCUUUAUCAGUUGCCCUGGUAAAGGUUGCUCGCUGAACAUUUACCCCAAAAGUAAAACAAAAAACAACCAUAUAGUCUUGUAGCAGCAUGGUUAUAUGCUCCACUUGCUCCUGUGAAACAUUUGGCUUUACAGCAAUCAGCAAGUUCAAACCAGCCAUCAGAAUGUAGCUUGGUGAUUUGUUUAGACAGAGGUCUUUCUCAGCAUUCAGUUCAAGUGCCUCUUUAUGUUGAGUUGUCUUUCACUUUGUUGAUGUCUCAACAUCCUUUGGACCUAUUUUCUUUGAAUGUCUCUUUCAACUGCUGUAUACUACCAUUUUGUAAAUGACCCUUAAAUGACUGCUCUUCCUUCUAACUGGUUUGGCGGUACUUCAGUUUCUGCCUUAUCAAUCUUUCUGUAUCCAAGUAUAGUUGAGAACGUUUUAUUUUUUGUUUUUUAAACCUUCACACUUCCCUGUGCCUCCGCCUGAGAAAAUGUUGGUAAUAAUUGUUGAGUGAGUUUAAAAUGUCACCUGCUUCUUGUCCAUGGCACCCUUGCAUCCAUGCAUAUAGACACAGUUGAGUAAUUUUAUUGAUAAACUGUAUCAGGAACCAGUUUGUGGACACACCACACACACUCCCACAGACAGUGGCAGUCAUAGUGCUGACUGAGCACGUAGGACUGUAUCCAAGGGCUUACUUUGGUCCUUACUGUCAGUGCUGCUUUAAUCUGAAAAACAGUGUACAAGUCAUUGUGUCACGUGUGACAGAGCUUGUUAACUUUCUCUGACUGUUUGGAGCUAAAGUGACCUUAAACUGAGUACUUGGUCUUUUUUUUCUACCUUCAGUGUUUUAGGAGUUGCUUAAGGUGUAUGUAUGUUCAAACUGUAAAUUAUAUAAUGUAGAAAAAAGACCAAAAAUAUUUGACACCACCCUCUCCAAUGCUGUAUGACUUGUAUGUCUGGUCUGUAGGCAUAUGUAACUGUACUGGUGACACGAUUAGUAACCUUAAAAACACUUUCUGCAAGGCUUUAUUGCGAACUCUUAAGGAUUGUCCUCUUGAAUUGAUUGUAUGUGGGAGGAAGUUCCCCUCUGUAACUAUGCAGUACUUGGUCUUAUGCAUUGUUUUAUAUGUGUGGACCAAACGGCUUCGACUUUGGCUGUCGUCUGUGGAGUAAAUGAACCUUCAGGAAGCUCGGAGCUGUUGGGUGAAGGGUAGAGUUGAUCUGAAUUACUGAAUUGGAACAGAAGAUUUGAUUAUCAAAUGAACCCAGUCAGAAUAGAUUUCCCGUUCCAUCUUUUGAAAUGUUUAUGAAUAUUUAUAAUAAUGUGCUGUGAGUGCGCGCCGAGUGCACUCGAGGACUUGUACAAUUCUUUUAUGGGUGUAAAUAUACUGUCUAGCCAAUCUGACCCACUGUUACUGUAACCUAAAUGAUUGUUGUAAAAUAAACACGGUUUACUUUGCAAAUAUGUGCAUAGUAUAUAUUUGUUAACUAAAUGAAAUUGUAAAUAAAGCUUUCACUGUUUGUAAAGGAA